AUGGCGCAAGGCCAGCUCAAGAAACUGGGCAAGCCGACCGCAGCGAAAUCCUCGUCUGCAAUCACAAAGAAGGGUUCCCGAACCAUCACUCCCAAGAAGGCCAAACUGCUCAAGCAGGCCAAGCUCAACAAGAAGCUGACCGCCGGGCUGAUUUCCAAGACGGAGGUGAUGCUUGGAGAGCGUGCCGGUCACUUGGAGCUGCUGGGACAGGGAAAGAAGAAGGGUGCCGACGGACAGGGAAAGGGAAAGAAAAAUGGCAAGCAAUCCUGA